AUGCUUAUCUACAAGGAUAUCCUCACCGGUGACGAGCUCAUCUCCGACUCCUACGAUCUCAAGGAGGUCGAUGGCAUCGUCUACGAGGCCGACUGUGCCAUGAUCGAGGAGGGCGGCGUUAACGUCGACAUUGGUGCCAACGCUUCCGCCGAGGAGGCUGCCGAGGAUCUCGAGGACCAGGUCGUCAAGGUCAACAACAUCGUCAGCUCUUUCCGUCUCCAGGAGACCUCUUUCGACAAGAAGAGCUACCUCACCUACCUCAAGGGUUACAUGAAGGCUGUCAAGGCUGCUCUCCAGGAGAAGGGUGCUUCCGCCGAGGAGAUCACUGCCUUCGAGAAGGGUGCCCAGAACUAUGUGAAGAACGUCGUCCUUGCCAAGUUCAAGGACUUCGAGUUCCUUACUGGCGAGUCCAUGAACCCCGACGGAAUGGUUGUCCUCCUCAACUACCGUGAUGAUGGUGUCACCCCCUACAUCACCGUCUGGAAGCACGGUCUUACCGAGAUGAAGGUCUAA